GCCGCUGGGCAGCGCUAGGGAUCUCCACUGUAACGACGGCGCACGCCGCGGGGCAGCGCUAGGGAUGUCGUCCGCUUCCGCUGCCGAGGGCGGGGCCGGGGAGUUCACCGAGGUCGUGGUGGUGCGGCACGGGGAGACCGCCUGGAACGCCUCGCGCAUCAUCCAGGGGCACCUGGAUGUAGAACUGAAUGAGGUUGGGAGGCAGCAAGCUGUCGCGGUUGCCCGUCGUCUGUCUAAUGAAGCCAAGCCAGCUGCAAUAUAUUCAUCUGAUCUGAAGCGAGCGGCAGAGACUGCAGAAAUAAUUGCAAAAGCUUGUAAUUUGCCAAAUGUUGUGUUUGAUCCAGCACUGAGAGAGAGACACAUCGGAGAUCUGCAGGGCUUAAAGUAUGAAGAUGCUGCCACACAAAGGCCAGAGGCUUACAAAGCUUUUUUGUCACACAAGAGGAACCGGCAAAUUCCUGGUGGUGGAGAGAGUCUCGACCAACUGUCAGAGCGAUGUGUCUCUUGUUUGUCCAACAUAGUUGAGAAACAUCAAGGGGAGCGAGUUAUCUUAGUCUCGCAUGGUGGAACCAUCAGGGAACUCUACAGGCAUGCCAGUCCAAUGAAGCCUCUGCAUGGUAAGAUACACAACACAUCAGUAAGUGUAAUCCUUGUAUCUGGUGCCUCUGGCCGUUGCAUUGUCAAGGCGUGGGGAGACAUCAGCCACCUCAAGGAUACCAGUGUUCUGGAAAAUGCAUUUGGUGGCGAUAAGCAUUCUGCCUAACUCCAGCUUCAGGAGUAUCAUAUCAUACAAGAAAAGGAGAGACACACUAUUGUCGGCAUGCGUCUGUUUGCUGUGAUGGAACAGCUCUAUUAGCAAUAACCAGAUCUCUCUGGUUCAUCUC